CGCAUAUCUCCAUAUAGCUAUGUCCAUUGGCCGUUCUCUCUUUAACGAAAUCCGCCCUCUCUUCCGACUGCUCGAAGAGCCGUUUGGCCGCGCUGGGGCAGGGUUCUAUGGAGGAUACCCGAGUCUCUCGAACCCUCGAGCAAUCGACCCUUUCAACAACCUUAUAACUCGUCCUGCAGUCGAUAUUUCGGAGCAGGGGGAGCAGUACAUCGUCGAUGCCGACCUUCCAGGCAUCAAAAAGGAGAACCUCGAAAUCCGGUUGGGCGACAACGGCGAAAGCCUCACCAUCCAAGGGAAGAUAGUGGGCAGGGGUCGUUCCCAGCCUGCCACAGAAGAUUCUGGAUCUUCGAAGGAGAAUGCCACUGCCCAAGCCAUCACGGAAAAGGACGAGAGUCACACCCAGAUAUCGGCAGAAAGACCUGUCAACUAUUCAAAUAACUUUUCCUUCACCCGCACCGUUUGGCUCCCCCAGCCAGUUGACCCCAAGAGCGUGUCGGCCAAGUUGGAGAACGGGGUGCUGACGGUGAUACUGCAAAAAGCGAAGGAGAACAAAGAAAGCACUGUAAUACCCAUUGACUAGGGGUGGAGUUGAAUUGUAAAAUAGAUGUACAGUAGUGUAUAAACAA